GCGGCCGGGCGGUGGCUGCGGCGACGGCUGCCGCGUCUGGGUCGGGGUCGGAAACCGCGGCCGGCAGGGCGACCCGGGCGGGCACGGCGAUGCUGCAGCUGCGGGACUCGGUGGACUCGGCGGGCACGAGCCCCACGGCGCUGCUGGCGGCCGGCGAGGACGCGGGGGCGGGCGGCGGCGCGGGCGGGGGUCUGCCGGGGGCGGGCACGCCGCUCCGCCAGACGCUGUGGCCGCUCAGCAUCCACGAGCCCACGCGCCGCGCCCGCGUCAAGGAGUACUUCGUGUUCCGGCCCGGCACCAUCGAGCAGGCGGUGGAGGAGAUCCGCGUGGUGGUCCGGCCCGUGGAGGACGGCGAGAUCCAGGGGGUGUGGCUGCUGACCGAGGUGGACCACUGGAACAAUGAGAAGGAGCGGCUGGUGCUGGUCACGGAGCAGUCGAUGCUUAUCUGCAAGUAUGACUUCAUCAGUCUGCAGUGCCAGCAGGUGGUCCGCAUAGCGCUCAACGCAGUAGACACCAUCUCCUACGGGGAAUUCCAGUUUCCUCCUAAAUCGCUCAACAAGCGAGAAGGGUUUGGGAUUCGGAUUCAGUGGGACAAGCAAAGUCGCCCUUCCUUCAUAAACAGAUGGAAUCCAUGGUCCACAAAUGUACCCUACACCACUUUCAUAGAACACCCGAUGGCGGGUGCCGAUGAGAAGACAGCAUCUCUGUGCCAGUUGGAAAGCUUUAAGGCUCUGUUAAUCCAAGCUGUCAAAAAAGCCCAAAAAGAAAAUCCUCUGCCAGGACAAGGGAACGGCGUCCUGGUCUUGGAGCGGCCCCUCCUCAUCGAGACCUACGUGGGACUGAUGUCCUUCAUCAACAACGAGGCCAAACUGGGUUAUUCCAUGACCAGAGGCAAAAUAGGCUUUUAGCCGGCUGUAUUCUGGGAGUUCUUCUCUGUCCCAAGAAAGCCAAGAUGAUGUGGAGACUGGGGCCUGCCAGUCCUCACGCAGCUCUGCUGCCCGCGGGCAGGACGGUGGGGGUGGGGUCCUUUACCUUUGGAGGUCCGAGUGCAGUUAGAAUAGUAAAGAGAAUUAUUUGUGUUCAGUUGGAUAUCGGACAUCCGCUAAUACGAGCUACAGACAAAAGCAAAUCUGUCAUUGCACUGCUGGUGUCCCAUCUUCUGUGACUUCAGUUCUGGCGUUUUCCCCAGUGUCUACGUGGCUUCUUGUGGUCCUGUCCAUCCCCCCACCGCGGCUGCCCCGCUCCCGCUUCAACGUGUAGAGUGUCACACACGGGGGGGCACCUGGCGUCCCGAGUGCCUGCAGUUGCAUAUAUGUUUACACUUGGUGUCAAAUUUCGUAUUUUGAAAUUUAAUCCAAUUUUUAAAAAGCUAAUAGAAAAGAUGCCAGCAGACUGGUUAGCUAAGCAAGAUACAGUCUGUGCCUUGUCAACUCCUGAACGAAUAAUUGUUCUUUUGUAAAUGUGUUUGACCCAAGUCACACUUUUUCUAAAAUUAAUCCAAGUUGUGUUAAUACUUAUGGCAUCUUUCCCAGGCCCAAAAAAGUUUACAGAAAAUCAUUUUAAGACAAUUUAUUGAUUUGAGAAAGUCACCUUGGUUUUGCACGUAAUCUUGACAAGCGUGUUCUGAGUUUGUAUUGUUACAUUCAUACUUAAAAGGGAGUGGGUACUUUGCUUUUUAAAGAAUGCACUUUAGAAAAAGGAACCGUAUCAGAUCCCUACAAAGCAGCUAACACCUGCGCUGGUUCCACAGCUCCCCUAGCUGCGAGGCUCUGGCAGCUCCUGGGGACGGUUUCCAUGUGGGGACCCCACACACCUCCCUGAAACCACGUGCUGCUUGCUGUGUACUGGGAGCAUUUGCUGAUAAAUCAGUUUCUUCCCUCAUUUAAACUCUGUUGUAGCUUUAAGCCGACCGGCAUGGUUGUGAUCAGAAUGCAGUAGCCUGCAAGACCCAUCAAGCCCGCCUCUGGGACUUUGGCCUUUGUUUCUUGGUCUCUUUGUAAACACAUUUAGAACCAAUGGAUGUUGUUCCUUUUUUGAAGUUACUGUUAUUAAAGUAGGUGCAACAACCAA